UUCAGGCGGAGUUCGGAGUUCUUAAAACACUUGGGUAGCUUCUUCACCGCUCCACUUCGUCGCUCACAUAGUUCAACUGAGAUACCUUUUCAAGUGGGCUCUUCUUGGAGCAAUCAUGGAAUAUCCAUAUUUUCCAUCGCUUCAACAAUUGUAAUAGUUUUGUGGGUUUAUUGCAUGCAGCAUUUCCCUCAGUGGAAGCACUCCCGGGACAGGAGAGUUUUCUGGUGUGUAACUACUUUCCUUUCCUCUUUUUUUUUUACCCCCCUUAUUGGAUUUGGGGGCAGUCGUGCGAUGUCAUGGACUAUUAAAAGGAGAAAGAAAUGUUUGUGAAUAGCGUCUGUGGUUAGCGUGCGAAAGUGUUUUGGGGUUUAUUUUUUAAACCAGUUGAGCAACAGCGACAGGACUCUAUAAUCAAUGUGGUGUCAGCUGGAAGGACGCGGGGUCCGGAUCUCACCUAAACGCUGAUACGUCUUGGGAGUGAUGCACUGGCUUCCCCUGGUUGCCAUGGUGAUUGCCUCGGCCCUGCCCUUCCCUCACAGCCCCGUGUCCAAGAUUGCUACUGCGACCGCCAAGCCUGGCUUCGACAAACGCAGAGCGCACCGGCAUGACCCAGCCGCUCGCCUCGCAGCUGCCCCUGUGGACUACAGUUUCAAUGGAAGUGCCUCGCAAACGGACUACAACAUGACUGCUGCUCUCAGUCAACACACCAACAGACAAAACCUCCAGAGGCAUAAGGAUUAUGUAAAAUCUUCUGUACAUGAAGAGACAUUCAAGGUGGAGAGUCGAGGAACCUACCAAUCAAAUAGCAACUCAGGCAGCGAUGACAGAGGCGGUCCGCAUGUUCCCACAAAGAGAGUUACACUCAGGGCCGAGGAUGUUUCCCAGGAUACCUCUCUGUCCAAGGACUACAAACCUGGCAGCACCAGCAGGCAUGAAUACUCUGGCUUUGUGGACUUUUCCAAGAAAGACAAUCUUCCGAACUCUUCUGAUAGGCCAUUGCAGGUUUCUGCAUUGAAAAACCAAGAGAAUGUGAGUCCUGAUACAUCACUGAAGGGUCAAAGAGGACCAAAACUGACUGCUCCUUCAGAUCAGCUGAGAGAUAGACCAGCAGUCGAGACAGGGAGCCAGAGGACAGUGGGGACUGGAAGAGGUUUCCCUGAAGAAAGCUUGACAGUGGAGGCUGGUCUGGGACUGGGAGCCGGGCUGGAUACAAUCUUAAAGGGAGAUGAGAUGUUUCUGGAUGCUCAUCCACGGGUCCUGUUCUCAUCCUCUUCAUCUCCUCCAGAACACCCACCGCUCCUGCUCAUGUUAGAGACUGGUCUGCUGGGGGAGGGCGGGGAUGGGGAGGAGCAGGAGGACAUGGAUGAGCACAUCGAGGGCCAUGGCGACCGCGCACUCGACAGGGGCACGACUCUGAGUUGGGCAGACUCUUCUAGAGCUACCAGUGAGGAUGUCCGUCCUGUUAAAAGGGAUAAGCGCUCACAUUUGAGUGACAGCUUAAAGGAAAUCAGGACAAGGGAAAGGUCGGUGUGCGAGUCGAAAAGUUCUUGGGUUGACAAAAUACAUGCCACUGACAUCCACGGACAGAACCUCACCGUCUUGCAGGAAAUUCAGACUCAGGCGGGACCUUUAAAACAGUACUUUUAUGAGACUGUCUGCCGCUCUGCCGAGAGCAGUAUCAGUGCUGGCAAGUCGAAGGGUGUUGCAGCGAAACCCCCAGGGACAGGUGUGGCUGGGGGCGGAUGUUUGGGAGUGGAUAAAAAACAGUGGCACAGUGAGUGUAAAGCCAAGCAGUCGUAUGUGCGAGCACUCACCAAAGAUUCAAACAACAAAAUCGGAUGGAGGUGGAUUCGAAUCGACUCGUCCUGCGUCUGCGUGCUGCUGUCCAGAGCGAAACAGGCAACAGGGAGGGAGAUUUUGACAAGGAGGGGUAGAGCCUGAGAGACAGCGUGAAGUGAAGUGACACAGAGCAGAGCAGCUCUGACAUCCUUCUGUGUGCACUUUGUCUUGCUUGUGGUGUUUCCUAAAACACGAGGGAAGUUAUCUCUUCCUAAACCCAGACCCAGAUAUAUCUCUUUUUUUUCCAUCCCUCCGUCCACCACAACUUCAAAUGACUUUUGCGUCAAAAAAACAAGAAGACCUCAAUACUAGAUCUUAGGGAAAAUUGUCCUAUAGAGAGAUUUUACUUUAAGAAGUACUGUUUUUGUAUGAUUUAUCUUUCAUAAUCUAAGUUAUUUUUGAUUAGUAUGUAAGCAUGUGUAUGUCUUUGAUAUUAAUAUAUUCCUUUAUAUAUAUAUAUAUAUAUAAGUGUCCAAUAUGACACCAGUAUAUCUUUAUGUAUGAAGCUAUGUAUAUCUGUGUGUAUUUAUAGAAGAUGCCUUCACGGGGUUUUAGGUCUCUCCAGUGCCUGAUGAUAAUUCCAGCCUCGGGUCCGCUCGGGUUGUAAGAGGAAGGAGCGCCACCUACUGAGGUUCUAUUUUACUGCUCCAAACUCUCACCAUAUGGAUUACCAUCAAUGUUACAGCUAUGGUUGUAAGGCAGCAUGAUUUCAGCCAGGCCAGUGAGUUUUUGUGGCAGGAUGUAUCUGUGCUUGUGGGACACAGAUGUGGCUCCUGAAUGUAAAAGCAUGUGGUUUGUGACACUUAAACGAGCUGAUUUUGCAUCUUCCAGUUUGUUCAGUUGUCCUGCCAAAUGUGGGUAAUAAAGGAUCUUUGUACUCAGUAUUUUCUGAACUUAACUAAAUGUACAUAAAAAGUACAAUUUAUUUGUUAGAGACAGCUCAUCAUUAGUAGCAUUUCAGUGUAUUUUA